ACAUUGAAAAAAGUUCGUUUUGCUUUGAUGAGAAGUGUGUAAAAAUAGGGUUGUAUAUAAUUAUUAAAGAUAAACAUUUUGUAAAGCAAAUGAAAGUAUAUUUAGAGAACAAAAAAAUGUUCGAUAAUUCGUUAAAAAUUUAUAAUCCCAAAGGAAGUGAAAAAAAUGAAGAAAAUGCAAAACAUGUAGAAUAUAAUAAAAUUAUGGGGGAAGAGAAAAAAUUUUAUAUGCCUAUAAAAAAAAAAUUGGAUGGUGAUAUAUUAAAAAACGAUGAAUACUUUAAAAAUAUCCUUUUGGAUA